GCUUUGCGCGUGCGUAGUUCACUUUCGCGGUGUGUUGCCUCUGAACUCUUCCCCAAGUGCACGUGGAGCGGGCCUUGGCUGGAGGCACUGGGUCUGCCGGAACCAGUCCUAGGCAAGCCGAUCCUUCAGUUAUCAUGGGGCGCAAGUUGGAUCCUACGAAGAAGGAGAAGCGUGGGCCUGGCCGAAAGGCUCGAAAGCAGAAGGGUGCAGAGACCGAACUGAUCAGAUUUUUGCCUGCAGCUGGCGAUGAGAAUUUCAAGAGGCUGUCCAGUCGUGCUCGGAAGAGGGCGGCCAAGAGGAGGUCAGGGUCUGUUGAAGUCCCUAAGCCAAAUAAGUCUCCUGGGAUCAAAACAUUGCCUGGAGAGUUACCCAAAGGAGCAGUCCAGGUUCGAGGUAAGAAGCGCCCAGCACCAAUUCAAAACAGUGAUGGGGACGAGGAGGAAGACUCUGAGGAAGAAGGUGUGGUGACCCAGGGGGAACUUUGGGGCUCUGAGGACAGUAGUGAAGAUAUGGUGGACGACUAUGGAGCGGACUCGGAGGAUGAGGAGGAAAAGGAGGCGUUGCUGCCUAUUGAAAGAGCUGCUCUGAAGCAGAAGGCCCGGGACGCCGCAGAUGGGACCCAGUGGAGUGAGGAGGACACUGAUGAAGACGAAGAUGAAGGUGUCACCCCUGAGUCCCACCCCAGAAAGGAUGACAAAGCAGAGGGGGAUUUGCAGAUUAAUGUGGAAGACGAGGAAGCCUUCGUGCUGCCUCCUGCUGGAGAGAUGGACCAGGAUGCCCAGGCUCCAGACCUGCAGCGAGUUCACAAGCGCAUCCAGGAUAUAGUAGGAGUGCUUCGGGAUUUUGGGGCUCAGCGAGAGGAAGGCCGGUCUCGAACUGAGUAUCUGAGUCAGCUUCAGAAGGAUCUGGCCACCUACUAUUCUUAUGGAGACUUCCUGUUGAGCAAGCUCAUGGAGCUGUUCCCGCUGUCUGAGUUGAUAGAGUUCUUAGAAGCUAAUGAGGUGCCCCGGCCAAUCACCCUUCGGACCAACACCUUGAAAACCCGUCGCCGAGACCUUGCUCAGGCUCUGAUCAAUCGUGGGGUUAAUCUGGAUCCAUUGGGAAAGUGGUCAAAGUCUGGACUUGUGGUAUAUGAUUCUUCAGUGCCUAUUGGUGCUACUCCCGAGUACCUAGCUGGACACUACAUGCUGCAGGGAGCUUCGAGCAUGCUGCCUGUCAUGGCCCUGGCACCUCAGGAGCAUGAGCGGAUCUUGGACAUGUGUUGUGCUCCUGGAGGGAAGACCAGCUACAUAGCUCAGCUGAUGAAGAACACGGGUGUGAUCCUUGCCAAUGACGCCAAUGCAGAGCGGCUCAAGAGUGUCGUGGGCAACCUGCACCGCUUGGGAGUCACCAACACCAUUGUCAGCCACUAUGAUGGGCGCCAGUUCCCCAAGGUGGUGGGCGGCUUUGAUCGGGUGCUUCUGGACGCUCCUUGCAGUGGCACAGGGGUCAUCUCCAAAGACCCUGCUGUGAAGACGAACAAGGAUGAGAAGGACAUCCAGCGCUGUGCCCACCUUCAGAAGGAAUUGCUGCUCAGUGCUAUAGACUCAGUCAACGCUGCCUCCAAGACCGGAGGCUACCUGGUCUACUGCACUUGCUCCAUUACGGUGGAAGAGAACGAGUGGGUGGUGGACUAUGCCUUGAAGAAGAGGAAUGUGCGGCUGGUGCCCACCGGCCUGGACUUCGGGCAGGAAGGUUUUACCCGCUUCCGAGAAAGGCGCUUUCACCCCACUCUGCGGGCCACCCGACGCUUCUACCCUCACACUCACAAUAUGGAUGGUUUCUUUAUAGCCAAGUUCAAGAAAUUUUCCAAUUCUAUCCCCCAGCCCCACUCAGGAAACUCGGCAGCAGCUACUCCUACAGAACCUGACCUGAAGGGUCAGGUCACCCCAAAGUCUGAGAACAGUAGUCAGCCCACCAAGAAAGCCCACGGGGCUGCAAAGGCAAAGCAGCAGUUAGUAGGGCAGCAACAUUCCAAGAAGCCCUUCCAGAAGAUGAACGGCAUCUCCAAAGGGCCAGGCUUGCCCACUGAACCUUCUGUCCCAAAUGUCCAAGUGUCUGCUAGGCCCCAGGAAAGCAGUCUGUCUGAUGGGAAAGCCAAAGUGAAACGGAAGAGGGCUGGAAAGCUGAAGCAGCGGGGACCAAAGCAGAGUGCCCCUCCCCCCAAGGUCGGGGACCUGGGGACACCUGCUAUGCAGACUCCCUCUGAAAUAAGUGCCACCCCAAGGCCUAAGUCCCCUGGGAAAGCCAAAAAGAGAGAGGAAGUAAAGCAGCAGUUACCAGAGCAGCCUGCCAAGGGAACUGCUUCCCUGAAAGAAGACGCUGCCCCCAAGAGACCCUCUGCCCCCACCACGGCUCACCACAGUUCCACCAGGCCCCCACCGGCAAAGAGGAGGAAAUCUAUGACCAAGGGCAGCAGCCAGCCACUGUUGUCUUAAAUGGACUUGGAAACUCACUGACAUCGUCUCUGGGUUGAACUGUUAGAUCCUGUUGCAAGGAUGGCCUCCCCUGUGCAUACAUAUGAAACUUAAUAUACAUAUUACCACCCCUA